CCAAAGCACGCCACCCCACUGCUUUCUCCACAGCCACUCCACUUGGAGCUGACCGGUUUCUUGAAAAACCGUCCAAGUCCACCACAUCAACUUCCACUUCACAAUGUCACCGAAUUUGUUUUUGGCCACGCAAAAACUCUUCUCGCCACACAAAUGGUUCCGAGAUAACAAAACGCAAGAACGAUCCAUUCGGAAGACCGAGCACUGGGCGGAACCCACACCAGGACUCUACGAGUAUAUCCCAGGUCGAGGCUGGUACUUGAUCGCAAAAGUGAAGGAAGCUGCACAUGAUCUUCCAGAGACAACCGCCAACGGAGGGCCAGUACAGGCAGCCCAGGAUCCCCCUAAGGAGUACGAAAAGCUUUCUCGUCCGGUCUCUGUCCACUGGUCACGUGUCAUAAAGCGCUAUGUGCUCGAGGAUGACUACAAGGCCCGCAAGAGAUAUGGCACUAUCCAGAACGAGAAGGGCAGGAACACCGAAGUUGGGUUCUUCCGUCUCGAUGACGGCGUUGCCUGGGUGCACUGCUGGGACCAGGAAGGCACUUUCAUCCCCGGUCCCUACAAGCUGUGGUGCAUCAGCCAGCGCACAGGCCAAUUCCGACCGAUGCUGAAGGGCGACGAUCCGAACUUCGCCGGCUCACGCAACAACUCCCGCAGCAACUCACGCCAGUCGUCCUUCGAGCGCGACGCAGACAGAGCGAGCCAGGAGUCGCGCAGCUCCGAGUUCUACAUCCCGUCUCGCGCGGGCAGCACCAGAGACGGCCCCAGCGUUUCUAGCACACGGCCCGGCAGUAUCCGCAUGGCCUCCCACACGACUUCGGCCACGCACAGUCAGCCGGCUUCGCGCCGCGCUAGUCCAAAGCGUAAUGGCAGCAUCGAGUACGAGAAGGACAAGGCUGCCAUGCGACAGAUGGCCAGAGACCACCGCGAAGCCCUCAUUGCCGCUACGAAAACUUCGGAGGCCGGCUCUUCGAAGAUGUCUGUCGAGCAGAUUGAGCGUGGUCGCUCAAGUGCUGCGAAGGAGAUCGUCUCCCACUAAAAGUUCUAUGCAUGGUGUUAUCAAUAUCGGGUGGCUGUUGCAGUCUUGUGACAGCAUGAUUUGGUAACGACUUCCAGCGAUAUCUUCUUCUACUUUAUUUUCCUCCCUUCUUCUUUCUUUCCUUCUCUCUUCCUGCGGCGUUCGAUUGCGCAC